AUGCAUUUCUCGCGUUUUGUUCCUCGCUCCUCUCCCCGUCUGCCGCCAUAUGGAGCGCACGAUCCCCCUGCAAUGCAAAACCCGGCGCCGGCUCCAGCUCCUCCGGGAGCAAUUACCCCCUACCUCGGAUUUAAAGCUCGACUUUCACAAGUAUGGAUCAACAAGUGGACGAUAUUACUGCUUCUCGUCCUCGCUCGAGUCCUCAUCGCCAUCGCUGGGUUGAACGACAACAUGUCCUCUGCAAAACGAGAAGCACUCUCUGCGUGCACCAGUGUCGAAUCGAUGGGAAGUGCCAUGGCAUCGAUGCCUCAUUAUAUGUCCAAGGGUGUUAAUGAACUCACUGCGUCUGGUGUGGAGAGAGCAGUCAAUGGGCUCAUGUCAAUGUUACUUUUGACAGUCACGGGAGUGGAAGAAGUGGUCGUUUUCUUCGUCAAUGUCUUGACGCAAACAUACCUCUGUCUUAUUACCCUUGCCAUAUCUGGGAGCUUGCACGUUGCUUUGAAGGUGGUCGAGGAAGCUGCAGAUUUUCUCAACAAGACCUUGGCAGAGGUGACCGAAGGUAUUGAAAAAGGGGUUAACGGAUUUGAAGACAAAGUCAACGACUUCCUCAAGGGCAUCAACACGAUUACCAUCGUUGGUUGA